UUUCCAACAACCACGUUUAGUUUGAUCAGUCGUAUUCAGUAACCUAUUAGUUUCGCAGAAGCGCUGUACAGUAAACACGAUUAAUCGUAGUUACGUCGAGAAAAAUACGUUUGUACUAGUGUACUGAAUAUGGUACAAUUUUAUGAGUUUUAAAACAUCUGUUUAUUAUUGUUCCUGCAAUGAUCAACAGUUAUUACUAUGAUUACGCGUACGUUUUAAUUUUAGUUUUUACUUGCAGUGUAAUGUAAUCUAAUUUAAACUAAAAUCCUCAGAUCCUCGAUAGCAAAAAUCAAAACAGGUGAUCUGAUAUCCUGAAUGUACAAAACAAAUCGGAUACGCAAGCAGUUGCAGUAGUACAAUGGACAUUAACGUUUCGGCGUUCUUAGCGGUUUCCUGGUGGUUGGUAUCCGUUCAACAGUGUCUAGCCUUAAAUUUCCAAGUAUUAUCAUAUCUCGGCAAUCGUUACCGCGCGAACCUUAUAAAACUCCGAGAAGACCCGUUAUUCGGCAGCAAACCGAUUCUAGAUGAAUAUGACUUCAUCGUCAUCGGGGCCGGAGCGGCAGGUGCCACGGUGGCCAGUAGGCUGGCCGAGAUCCCGGAAUGGAAAAUCUUACUGCUCGAAGCGGGUAAACAGGAAUCGCUGGCGACCUCGAUUCCAGCCAUUGCUCACUAUUUUCAGUUCACGGACUACAACUGGGCGUUUAAGACUGAAGAAGAACCGAACGCUUGCAAAGGCGUGGUGAACAAAAGAUGCGUGUGGCCGCAAGGCAAAGGGCUCGGCGGGAGUACGAUCAUCAACAACAACAUAUACACCCGAGGCAACGUCAGAGACUUCGACCGUUGGGCUGAAGCAGGCAACCCGGGUUGGUCUUACAAUGACGUGUUGCCGUAUUUCUUGAAAAAUGAAGACGUCACCAUCCCGGAGCUGAAACGUUCGCCCUACCACGGAGUCGGUGGUCCGAUGCCGAUUAGUUAUUCCCCAUACAAAUCCAAACUGGUUGAAACGUUCCUGGAGUCCGCUCCCGAUGUCGGGCUACGUGUGGUGGACUAUAACGACCCGAAUAGCCACGUUGGUUUUUCGCGAAUCCAAGGCACCAUUAACUACGGCAGACGAGUGACAUCAGCUAAAGCUUAUCUGCGUGGGAACAUGACGAACCUACACAUUGUCGAAGGAGCUUUCGUCACGAAAAUACUGAUAGACCCGAGUACUAAGGUCGCGUUCGGCGUGGAAUUCGACAAGGGACACAGUAAGCGACGAGUGAUGGCGAGAAAAGAAGUUAUCGUAUCAGCGGGUGCUUUCAAUUCUGCUAAGCUUUUAAUGCUUUCGGGUGUAGGGCCCAAAGAACAUCUGGAACCACUAGGCAUAAGUACCAUAAGCGAUUUGCGCGUCGGGGACAACUUGCAAGAACACCCUUCGUACGCAAACUUGGCGUUUACCAUCAAUCAAACUAUAGGAUUAAUACCCGACAGAAUUUAUAAAUCAGGAAUACGUGAGGCACUUAAUUUUUACGACGGCACAGGCUGGCUCACGACCAUGGGUUGCGAAGGACUGGGGUAUGUGAAAACAAAAUAUAACACGGAUCCUGGUGACAUACCGGAUAUCGAAUACAUUUUCGUCCCUAUGCACUUGGGAGGCGAAGAAGGCUUAGGGCACAGCAUAUUGAGAAGAAGCAUGUCAGUACCAGAUAGCGUUCAUUAUGAUUUGCACAAAGGUAUACUCAACAAAGAUGGAUGGUCAAUAUGGCCAAUGCUUAUGUACCCGGAAAGUAGAGGCCAAGUUCGAUUAAGAAAUUCCAACCCUUAUUCCAAACCCAUGAUUCGAGCCAAUUUCUUCGAUAAAUCCGUCGAUUUAUAUCGUAUUGUAGAAGGGAUAAAAAUGGUCAUAGACCUAAAUAAAACACCUCCAUUUCAAAAAUUAGGUUCUACCUUAAGUAUGCGAUCCGUACCAGGUUGUCGGCAUCUUCAGUAUGGAACAGACUUGUACUGGGCUUGUUGUGUGCAAAGAUUGACAAUGCAAAUGCAUCAUCAGUGUGGAACAUGCAAAAUGGGACCAAAUUAUGAUAGAAAUGCAGUGGUCAGCCCAGAACUCAUGGUGUAUGGAGUAUCCAAACUUAGAGUUAUUGAUUGUUCGAUAAUGCCUACCAUUACUGGUGGACAUACUGUAGCACCAGCUUAUAUGAUAGGAGAAAAAGGAGCUGAUUUAAUCAAGUCCACAUGGAUAAAUACCAUUAAAAAAAAUAAUUAGUACAAUUUUAUUCGACAAACUAAAGGACCUAUGUGUUAUAUGAAUGAUUUUAAAAAUGUUUUGAGAAGUCGACCACGAAUUAGUAAUUAUUAUUAUAGUUUUUAUUUAGACUUUAUAUUAAUAAUAGAGAGCAUAGUUCUAGAUACCAAUAUUGCUGUUGGUCAUAUUAGAGUACAACUAGUACCAGUAGUCAUUGAAGCUUUAAGCCCUUUUAGUGAAAAUUUUUAGAGGUUAAACAUUUUAAUUAUUUAUUUUAAUUUUAGAGAAGUUAAUCUAAAUAUUUAAAUGUAUUAAAACAUUGAUGCCUAUUUUUAACAUUUCGUAAACACAUUGAAUUAUAUUCAACUAUAUUUUCUUAAAUAUCUUAUUAAAAAUAAUUUGAUACU